AUGCACUCUGCCCGAAACCUGGCCCUGUGGGCUACUACGCUCGUUGCGUUUGUCAAUGCCAACCCGACUCCGACCAAGACCCGCCGUUCUAGCUUCAACAAUUUGAGCAAGAGAAGGAUGAAGGACUCACUGACCGGUGUCACGUGUGGCCUGUGGGCGACGGGGACUUGGGACGAUUCCUGGGAUGCGAUCGAUAUGGCCACAACAGAUGAAGCUACAGGGGAGUAUAAGACAACAAUUGUUGCACCAGCGCAGUCCUGUUCUCGUCUGGGCUGCAUCAAUAACAGCGGCAUCUACGUCUGCAACGACCAAGACGUCGAUGUCGAUGUUGACCCAUUCGAACUCGAGGACUCUGCCCAGUCGCUCAUCAGCAAUUGUCAGACGUAUUGGGGCUAUGAUAUAGACGCUGUGUCCGGGCAAGCCUUCUACGGCGACCCCGGCAUAAACUUGGUCGCUGCUUAUUGCGAUAGCAACGACCCUCCGAGCAAGAAACCAAGCGACUACGGAACGUGCGCGUCGGAUGACUGCCCACCGAGUUGUGGGUGGCCUGGCGCCGACGUUCCGCGCUGCGAUGACUUCUACCCUUCCCCAUCUGCGGUUCCGAGAGCCGUUCCUGCGGUGUCCAAGACCCGACGUUCCACCUCCCACAGUAUAAGCAAGAGGGACUUCUCAGAUGAUAGCCUCAAAUGCGACCAGUGGGCGACGGCGACUAAAGCGGACGCCGUCCAAGUGAUACAGGACGUGACAGCUAAUGGUGGAGCCAUUGUUGCUGCGCCCCAAUCAUGCUCUCGAUUAGGCGGUCUCUACAUUUGCAACGACCAAGACGUCGCCGUCGUCGUUCAACUCGCCGAACUAGCCAUCCCGGCGGGAUUACUUGUAGACACCUGCGCGUAUUAUUAUGCGGAGCAGCUUGGCACUGUCACCGACCAGACCCUUUUCUCCGGCCAAUUGUGGUCCAGCGACCCAGACGUGAAUAUGGUCGUCAGUUACUGCGACAGCAAUGACGAUCCGUUCAAGAAACCAAGCGAGUACGACGCGGGCUGCGGGGACACUUGUCCAACGACAUGUGGCUAUCCGGGAGCUGAUUAUCCAGUAUGCAUCCCUGCGUAUUCCUUGGUCCCAAGGGCCCCGGCGCCAGCGGUACCCAAAGUCCGCCGUUCCCGCUCCAAUGGCAUCAGCAAGAAGGCUAUAAGCAAGAGCGAUGCAAGCAAGAGGGAUAUAAGUAAGAGGACGUUGAAUGGAGCACAUGGUGUCACCUGUGGCGGGUUCGCAACGGCGGAUUACAGGGAUAUCAACGACUUGAUACACUAUCUUACACAGGGGGCUGGCGGUGGAGCAUUUAUUGUUCCAGAACGGCAAUGUUCGCUGUUGGGAUAUAGGGGCGACAGCGGUCUCUACGCCUGCAACGACGGAGACAUCGCCCUUGUCCUCCAACGCGACGAUGUCUUACGACCUGCCUCGGCCCUGGUCCUGGGGUGCGAACGUUUUAAUAGCGUGGAUUCCAUCAUUGAUUCUGACCUCCAUCCGGUAUCUGGGCAGGUGUUCUUCGACGACCCCGCCCUGAAUCUGGUCGUUGCAUUCUGGCAAACAACCUACCCUUAUGACAUGAGGCCCAGCGAUAUUAUAGGCGGGCUCAAUGGAGCCACAUCAACUUGUGGAUACUCGGGUGCCGAUGAGGAGGAGUGUCCAUUUACUGUGGCUUGA